AUAAUCGUGUCAAAUAUCUUAGUCUAUGUUUAUGUUCCCAUCAAACAACUCCUAUGACACCUUCCACCCCUAUAAUAUUGUGUUUUUGGACAUAAAUAUCGCUCAAGGUUGGUACAUGGAGAUGAAACAGUUCUGACUUUCUGCUGAAGGAGAGGCAACUGGGAAAAGUUCAUGGCAGCAGCCUUGAGGUUGCUCUUCUUCCUCACCCCUUUCAUUCUCAGGAUUCAUUUCAUCUGCUGCGUCACCGAUCAGAAUGACGGCGCUGUGCUCCAAUCUCUGAAGUCCUAUUGGCAAAACACGCCGCCCACUUGGAGCAGGUCAAGUGAUCCGUGCGGGUUACCAUGGGAAGGAGUCACCUGCGAUGGUUCGAGAGUCACUGCACUAGGAUUGUCAACAAUGGAUAUCAAGGGGCAGCUAAGUGGAGACAUCGGAGGACUUGCCGAACUGAGAUCUCUGGAUCUAUCCUUCAACAAGGACCUCAUCGGUUCGAUCCCUAAGGGAAUAGGGAACCUACUGAAGCUCAACACCUUAAUCCUAGCAGGUUGUGGCCUCACCGGCAGUAUUCCUGACGAACUUGGGAACCUCACCCAACUAACUUUCCUGGCCCUGAACUCAAACAACUUCACCGGUAUCAUUCCUCCUUCUUUGGGUAAACUUUCAGAACUCUCCUGGUUCGAUUUGGCGGAAAAUCAGUUGUCUGGUCCUCUUCCUGUCUCAAGUGGUGAUUCCCCGGGUCUGGACCUCCUAUUGAAUGCAAAACACUUCCAUUUCAACAAGAACAAACUCUCAGGUCCGAUUCCAGAGAAUCUGUUCAGCUCGGGGAUGAAACUGAUCCACAUAUUAUUUGAUGGAAAUGAACUCAGUGGAACAAUACCCUCCUCGAUAGGAUUAGUGACGACUCUCGAGGCUCUUCGUCUCGAUAGAAAUUCUCUUUCAGGAGAGGUCCCUUCAAACAUUAACAACCUUACGAGGCUCAAUGAAUUGAAUUUAGCAAACAAUGACCUUGAUGGCUCAAUACCGGACUUAACAAAUAUGAACUCCCUCAAUUACGUAGACCUCAGCAAUAACUCUUUUAACGCAUCGGAAGCUCCGAAAUGGUUUUCGACUUUAUCAUCUCUCACAGCUCUGGUUCUGGAAUCCGGUCCGCUCCAUGGAGCUUUCCCCCAAGGGCUCUUAAGCUUGUCGCAGCUACAGCAAGUGUUACUGAGGGACAAUGACUUCAACGGGACAUUGAACAUAAGCCAAGCAGGCUCACAGCUUCAGCUCGUCGAUCUGCGGGAAAACAAAAUCGAGUCCCUCACUCCGGGUUCGGGAUAUUCGAAUACGUUAAUGUUAUAUGGGAAUCCGUACUGCCUCGAAAGCUCAAACACUCAAGUGGCCUACUGCCAGCGCCAAGAGACGAUCCCGACCCCCUACACCACGAGCCUCGAGAGCUGUGGGCCAAACCGUAAGCAGUGCACAGGCUUUCAGAAGCUCAGCCCUGCAAGUUGCGACUGCCAAGUCCCGUAUGAGGGGAAAUUGACUUUCAGGGCUCCCUUUUUUAGGGACGUGGCUAAUGCAAACUUAUUUGGGAAACUCGAGGAGAGCUUGUGGUCGAAUCUUACUCUGCCUGCUCGGUCAGUGUUCCUCCAGAACCCCUUCUUCGACUCAAGCGCCUAUCUUCAAGUUCAGCUCUUACUCUUCCCAUCGAGCGGGAAGUUCUUCAGUCACUCAGACAUUCAGAGGAUGGGUAACGUGCUGAGUAAUCAACUGUUCAAGCCACCAGAUGUCUUCGGUCCCUACGUGUUUAAUGGGUUUAAUUACCCUUUCCCUGCCCGAAAUGGAGUUUUCCUCAGCAAAGGCGCAAUAGCAGGCAUAGCAGUAGCCUCAGCUUUCCUGCUUCUUGGCCUCGUUGUGAUUGCAUUAUAUGCUAUUCGACAACAGAAACUUGCUCGAAUGGCGAUUGAACUAAGUAGACCUUUUGCUUCUUGGGCACCGGGUGUUAAAGAUGCGGGCGGUGCCCCGCAGUUAAAGGGAGCAAGACUCUUCUCCUUCGAUGAACUGAAAAAAUGCACAAACAACUUCUCGAAUAGUAAUGAGAUCGGUUCGGGGGGUUAUGGAAAGGUCUACAGAGGAGUGCUUCAGGAUGGGCCACCGGUCGCUAUUAAGAGAGCUCAGCAGGGAUCAAUGCAGGGCGCUCUAGAGUUCAAGACGGAGAUUGAGCUUCUGUCACGGGUCCACCACAAGAAUCUUGUCGGCCUCGUUGGCUUUUGCUUCGAACAGGAAGAGCAGAUGCUGGUUUAUGAAUACAUGCCGAAUGGUACACUUAGGGAGAGCUUGUCCGGGAGGUCCGGCAUAGCUCUCGAUUGGAAGAUGCGGCUCCGGGUCACUCUCGGCUCUGCAAGAGGGAUAGCUUAUCUCCACGAGCUUGCAAAUCCUCCAAUAAUCCACCGAGACAUCAAGACAACAAACAUUUUGUUGGACGAGAAUUUGACUGCCAAGGUUGCCGACUUCGGCUUGUCUAAACUCGUCUCGGAUGGUGGGAAAGGACAUGUUUCCACCCAAGUGAAGGGAACACUGGGCUAUCUUGAUCCGGAAUACUACAUGACGCAGCAGCUGACAGAGAAAAGCGAUGUGUACAGCUUCGGAGUAGUCAUGCUCGAACUGAUAACCUCUAAGCUCCCGAUCGAGAAGGGAAAGUACAUCGUGCGUGAGGUCCGCCUGGCAAUGGAUAACCAAGACGACCAGUACUGUGGACUGGGAGGUGUAAUGGACCCAUACAUUAAAAAGGAAGGCUCCCUAGUUGGUUUCCGGAAAUUCCUCGACCUUGCAAUGCAGUGCGUGGAGGAAUCAGCCAACGACCGCCCAACCAUGAAUGUAGUCGUGAAGGCCAUCGAGACCGUAUUACAGGAUGACGAAGUGAACUCGAACCCGACUUCAGCAUCUUCCUCUGCCACUGAUUUUGGGACAGCCAAGGGGCCCCCCAGACACCCUUACAAUGACAACGUCUCCGGACAUAAGCAUGUUGCUUUUAGCGAUACGUUCGAUUACAGCAGCGGAUAUAACCUCUCCAUGAAGAUCGAACCAAAGUAGUAGCGCUUGUAAUCAUAUUCUUUUGCUUGAGUUUUAUGUCGUCUCCGAUUCUUGUCUGUGAUAUAAAGGGCUUUAUUUCUUAGAAAAGACGUGUCACUUAAGUAAUUUUUUGCGAAUUGUAAGAUGGAAGUUGGGAUGAUAUUGAAAUGGUUAAAUCGUUCAUUCUUGUCUA